AUGGCCGUGGCGCCCGCGGGCGGCCCAUGCGCGCCGGCGCUGGAGGCCCUGCUCGGGGCCGGCGCGCUGCGGCUGCUCGACUCCUCGCAGAUCGUCAUCAUCUCCACCGCGCAGGACACCAGCGCCCCGCAGGCUCCCGCCGGCCCCGCCGUGCGCGCCGCGGGCCCCCGCGACCCCGACUUGCUGCUCUUCGCCACGCCGCAGGCGCCCCGGCCCACACCCAGCGCGCCGCGCCCGGCGCUCGGCCGCCCGCCGGUAAAGCGGAGGCUGGACCUGGAAACUGACCAUCAAUACCUGGCUGAGAGCAGCGUAGCCCGGGGCAGAGGCCGCCACCCAGGAAAAGGUGUGAAAUCCCCAGGGGAGAAGUCGCGCUAUGAGACAUCCCUGAAUCUGACCACCAAGCGCUUCCUGGAGCUGCUGAGCCGCUCAGCUGAUGGCGUCGUCGACCUGAACUGGGCAGCGGAGGUGCUGAAGGUGCAGAAACGGCGCAUCUACGACAUCACCAAUGUCCUGGAGGGCAUUCAGCUCAUCGCCAAGAAGUCCAAGAACCACAUCCAGUGGCUAGGCAAUCACGCCACAGUAGGGAUUGGUGGGCGGCUUGAAGGACUGACCAAGGACCUACAGCAACUGCAGGAGAAUGAGCGGCAGCUAGACCACCUGAUCCAAGUCUGCGCCACUCAGCUUCGGCUGCUGUCUGAGGAUGCCGAGAGCCAACGAUAUCCUUGA